AUGGCGCUGCAGCUAGUGGACGACGACCUGGUUCUGGAAGCAGCGCUGUCGCUCUUAGAGCAACCCGAUGACGAAGGUGGGGGAUCAAUACAGCAAACACCGUGCAAGAAGAAGCGCAAUACGCGUGGCUACAAUCCGAACCGAGCUCGAGAGUCUCAGUACAAGGAGCUACUGGAUCUGCGCCAACAGGUUCCACAGCUAGAAAAGCGCCUCGAGACGCUGAAACGCGAGAUUUCAUCGCCGAAAAAUGGAUCAGACAUGAUGGAACUGUGGAAGAAACUUGCACUGCACGAGCGCAAGUCAAGAGAGAGCGCUGAAGAAGAGAACAAACGUCUGCGUGAGUUAGUGCGCGAAAACAAUGAGGUGACGAAUCGAAAUGUCCAACAAUUGCUGCAAGCCAGACAGGAGCAUCUCGAGGGCUCAACCGGGCACAGGCCCGAGCCUUGGCCUUGGCCAUACCGAAGAAUGUACGCCGUCCCGAUAAACCCUUGCGAUGGCAGCGUGUUCCGAGAAAUGGCUGAGAGCAUCGAUGCAGUGCAUCGCCAUGUGCUUCGAGUGUACAACCCCGCUUUAAACUACACAACUCCAUUCUCCACAAGAGCGGAGGUUCAUUGCCGAGCAAUUGCGGAUAAAAUCCUGCCGUACGACGUUGAUUCGGUCGGUGACGCGGCCUGGCAGUUCUUCGCGCAUUCAUUCCGACGACCAACGACCAGAUUUUACUACCACGCGGACUCACACGAGGCUUCGGGACUCGUAAGUGAUGACACGGUCGUUGAAGUCUUCGGCGAAGAGCAUCGUUUCGGGGAGGUUCUACUGGAUAUUAAAGUGAAGCAGAUCGUUCGACGCUACGUCGCUGCUGGGCGUGUUGUAAUUGCCUGGCGCGCUUUUCUCAGCCCGAAGAAGUUCAAGACGGAGUCUUUAAGUGGCGUUGUUUACGACGAGAAAGGAGCGUUGGUGAUCGAGCCCUUGACGUCGAGAAACCAGAGCGGAGUUAACGAUCCCGCAUCGGUUGUUCACACUUGGCAAACCGUCACCCCAGAGCUUUCUAAGGAUGCUCUGUGUUCUCAGAGUGAACUCGUGCAAGAGCUCACUGGGUUUGUACUCAACAGUUGCAGACCUGGUCGAGCUGUCAACAGCAUGGAGAGGACUCUGCGUGCCCAAUCCACGCUGUCGGAGCAUUGA